CUGCUACCGGGAAUACCUGCAUACAUCAAGAUAACGCGGGAGUUUAUUCUCAAUUAGAUGCCAGUCUAAUUAACGGUGCUGCUGGUGACUGCGCCAAAACGCGUACUCAUUGGGGAUUUUCUCCUCCCGCACGUCCAACUUUUCUUUUCCUCCGUUUCCCGGGCUGAAACCUCGCUGCUGGGUCGUACCGAGGCUCUCUGCUCAUCACUUGGACCUCGACUCGUGCUGUAAACCGGAUCGGCUGUCUUAUCUGUGAUGGGGGCAGCGGCGGAGGUUGGGAGCUUCGUCAACGGAUUUCUGGACAGCUUUGGUCCUGCGGGUGCCGCUCCGGCUCCCGUUGGCUCUCAUUUCGUUCUCACCCCAGCCGGGGCGGUGGACUACAACUCGGUGACCGGACUGAUGCUGGGGGGACAGGGGCAGCAGCAGGAGCACCUUGUGUCCGCGGAGAGGCUGUCCCGGAGCCUGGCGGACCUCAGCCACCUGAAGGGGAUUCUGAGGCGGCGGCAGCUCUACUGCAGGACCGGCUUCCACCUGGAGAUCCGUCCCGACGGCACCGUGCAGGGAACCAGGAAGGACCACAGCAGAUUCGGUAUUUUGGAGUUCAUCAGUCUAGCUGUGGGACUGGUUAGCAUCAGAGGGGUGGAUAGUGGCCUUUACCUCGCCAUGAACAGCAAGGGAGAACUGUACGGAUCGGAAAAACUGUCUGCAGAAUCCGUUUUUAGGGAGCAAUUUGAAGAAAACUGGUACAACACAUACUCAUCCAACAUCUAUCGGCAUGGAGAAAAAGGUGCAUUUUACUUUGUUGCUCUGAACAAAGAUGGGACGUCCCGGGAUGGAACGAGGUCAAGGCGACAUCAGAGGUUCACUCACUUCCUACCGAGGCCUGUAGACCCGGAUAGAGUACCAGAGCUGUACAGGGACAUACUGGGCCAGAGCUGAGACUGAAGGGGCAUUAUCGUGACCCUGUCUGAACUGAAAGGCAACCCAAGUGCACCUAAUCCUAACCCCUGCUUGAGGGAGAUGGGAGAUCUUGUUGAUCUGGACAAAACAGGAUCGUAAAAAGUGUGCCAAAUGAACUCUCCAAACCCAUGGCAUGGAGGAAGGAAAGAGACCCUCUGAACCAGCUAUGGAGUUUGGCAGAACAGCACCAGAGAUCUUCUGUGGAAGAUGUGAAGUCCCAAUGACAGAUAGAGACACCUGGGCCACAAAUAUUGCUCCUUUAUCGGCCUAUGCAGAGGCCUGGGUGGCCAAACAUAUAAUUCAUGGAUUUAUUUUGAAUUUCCACUACUUCAGUCAAACAACUUGCUAGUCCAAACUGCAUGUUCAAGAGGACAAAGGUAUGGGAAGUAACAACUGGCUGCUAGUGGUUUUUUACUGCUGAUGCUGGUCAGUCUUGUCAAUUUCACUGUUUUCAGUUAUCUUUAUUCAGAAAUACUACUGUGGCUGCUAAGUUAAUGAUUAAUUAAAAUGCUUAUUCCACUAUACAGUGUGGCUGGUUUACACAAAAAGGUAGUUUCAUGCACUGGAAAUCAGCCAUGUCUGUUGUGGGAAACGGGCCUGAGAUUGGGGGAAUCACCUUUGUUGGACGGCACAGAUGGAUUCCCUUUGAAACUGCUCCAAAGAGAGAUGCUGCUAAGAAAACAUGACUUUUCUACAAAGUGCAUGAGGAACAAAAGAAGAAGUGUGGAUUCGAUGGAGUUUUAUAAGGACUUCUUCUGUGGUGUCCAGUGGCCGAAUACUGCAUGUUCUGUUGGAACUCUAGAGACUCAUCCUAGAACCCAGUGAAGGAAUUCUGUUGUUCUUCCACUGACUGCAGUCAAGCAACGAGCACAGGACCGACAAAGACACCUUUAUGAACCUGUUGACAGAUUGUAUCUUAUUUAUGAUUUUUUUCCCUAGGCAGACAGUAUAUUUAUUUCAUAUAUUUAUUUAUUUUGAGAAUAUAUUUUUACAGGU